AUGACAUCCUUAACAACAACCCCAGACGGCACCCCCGAAUACACAUGCUCAGCAUGGGCUGCAUUCGAUGCUCUCCAACUAUGCUUCACACCACUACCACAACUACGACAUUACUACCGCUACGGCUCAUGGAAGGACUGUGCGCCGCCACGCAAAGAGUUUCUGUUUUGUAUACAGAUGAAGAGUAAAACUGCGGACGAAGGGCAGAAGCUGAUUGGAGAACGGCAUCAGGAGAAGGAGAGGAGAAAGUUUGAAGAUAGGCCGUCUAUUGGUGUUUGGAAGCUUCGUGAAUCGCCACCACCAGACUUUCCACCACCUCUAUCAUCAAUACCGCACAGUCUACCAUCAUAG